AUGGUGCAUCCUAAUCUUGAUGAGCUUAUCGUAGUCGAUACUAGUGACGAAGACUCGCUCUGUGACGCCCAAUCCAUAAUCGAUUCCAACCUAAGUCUUCACUCGACAGUCCGAGAUUACCAAUACGAAAAUGGCCGCCGCUACCACGCCUACAGGAACGGGCAAUACCCCAUGCCAAACGACGAGGAAGAGCAAGACCGUCUAGCAUUCAUGCACCAUCUGUUCAAACUUCUCGUAGGAGGCGCCCUAUACCGCGCCCCAAUAAAUCAAGGCCAGACGCCACAGCGCAUUCUCGACGUCGGCACCGGCACCGGCAUCUGGGCUCUCGAUAUCGCAGAGGACUUCCCUGACGCGGAGAUCGUCGGCACCGAUCUGAGUCCCAUCCAGCCCAAUUGGGCGCCCCCGAACUGCACGUUUCUUGUCGACGACGCCGAGAGUGAGUGGGCGUUCAGUCCGAGUGAAGCGUUCGAUUAUAUCCACGUCCGCAGUUUGGGCGGCGGUAUCUCCGAUUGGAAACAGUUCCUGAAUCAGGCGUACAACCAUGUUAAGCCUGGUGGCUGGGUUGAGAUCCAGGAAUAUGAGACCUGGUUGCGCUCUGAUGAUGGCACUGCUCAGCAGGCGUCGAUGCUCAUGGAUUGGCAGUAUAAGAUCGAUGAGGCGAGUAGGCUGUUUGGACGGCAUAUGAAUGUUGCGUCUCAUCUUGCUCAAUGGAUGGAGGAUGCUAAUUUUAUCAAUGUUCAAGAUGAUGUUUACAAGGCCCCUGUGGGCUCAUGGCCCAAAAACAGCCGGUUGAAGGAAAUUGGAAGAGUGGGCAAAGUCACACUAUACGAGGCCGUCGAACCCUAUACACUGGCCUUGUUCACCCGAGUGCUAGGCUACUCGCCCGAAGAUGCCCGGGAGUACGUGGACAAAGUGCGCGCAGAGCUUCUUGACGGCUCCCAUCAUAUCUAUGUGCUAUACCACUAUGUAUAUGCACAGCGGCCGCUGGAAGAUGAAACUAAUGAACAAGGUAUGAAUAUGGAUAUAUGA